UAACGGUGUUUCAUCUCUUCAUCAGGACGUGCAGAGUGAGCUGAGGCCGCGUCUGUGUGUGAUCAAGAAGGGGCCUCAUGGCUACGGCUUCAACCUGCACAGUGAGAAGGCCAGACCAGGCCAGUACAUCAGAGCAGUGGAUGAGGACUCACCUGCACAGAGGUCAGGCCUGCUGGCCAAGGACAUGAUAAUACAGGUGAAUGGAAUGAAAGUGGAGGGGAAGCAGCACUCGGAGGUGGUGGCAGCCAUCAAGUCUGGUGGUGAGGAGACCUCUCUACUGGUUGUGGACACAGACACAGAUGCCUUCUUCAGGAGGUGCAGAGUCGCUCCCACCCCAGAACACAUCACAGUGAGGAGGGACCCAAGGAGCACAGAGGUACAUAGAGGCAGCUUCAACAGGUUUCAGAACAGCCCAGGGGGACGCAGACCAGAGGGACCCAAGGAGCACAGAGGAUCUUUGCCUGUGCCUGUCGUCAACGGAGACAUGGAAGAGACGGUGAAUGGAAAUGGAAAACUGGCCAAAGAGGUGGAACAGGACUCUAAGCUGUCAAUCAGCCCGUCUCCAAGCAACACCUCCUCCAACGCCUCACUCACAACGCCGCCCACAGAGUUGUCUGAGCCAGUGAUCAUGGGCGCCAUCCCGGGUCUGAACCUGUCCCUGCAGCAGGUUAAGGAGCGUGCUCACCAGAAACGCUCCAGCAAGAGGGCCCCGCCCAUGGACUGGAGCAAGAAAAAUGAACUGUUCAGCAACCUGUAGAUAGAGCACCUCGCCCUGCACACACCCACAUACAGUAGAUACUCACAGAGGUCAGUGAAGGAGAGAGAGAGGGGUUGUUCUAAGCCCCAUGUUUUCUAUGACUCAUUAAAACCAGCAGUUUAACUAUUGGUGAGGGAGAAUACAGGUAUAUGUAUGUAAAAUAUAUACACAGAUAUUUGUAUUAUAUUCCAGAUGCUAUAAAUGAUGUGCUAACAAUAUCUAGACGAAUAUGCCAAUGUUGGAAAGGAAACAGCUGCAUCAGAUAAGAAUCUUUGUAUUGUGAUUUGAAAAUCAGUUUUUAAUUAUUCCAUUUCACGUGUCGAAGUGGUUGUGUGUGUGUGUGUCUUGUACCUGGGUGUGUAUGCCCAGAAGACCCUGGAAGUCCCUGCUGGUCAUAGCCUGGUGCCUGUCGGUAUAGUGGAGUAGGUCUCUCUUAUGGCCAUUCCUCUACACGUUAAUCAGUCAUUGAAACACAUGAAACAAUAUUUUUGAAUGGGACCAACCACUUACAUACCUGUCUAGUCUAUCACCUUUCAGGGACCAAAUAGCAAGCCUCUUCACACUUCCAGUCAGAUGCAAAUGUCUUUCAUGUAGCUGAGCUUUGGGUCAGUCGAGCUUCAGAAGAAAUUGGCUUCUGACUGGAAGUGUGCGGAGACUUUCUCAUGUUUCUCCAGUUUUUGCCUUCAGCACCUUCAUUAAUCAUCUCUGGGUGUGUGGUAGAUUCUAUUAUCUGCAAACCUUUUAGGGACCAAAACACCUGAUGAACGACAACCACUGACAGUCAGUCAGUCAUUGGGGAACGACAUGUUGGUGCAGUGUCCAUCCAUACCAGUCGUACUUCAGUAAAUGUGAAGGCUGAAACCCUUAUAGCAUUGCCGUUACCACUGUAUAUUGCGAUACUUUUCAUUUCAGACUUUUUCUUUAUGGCCAUUGUCAAAAUGCUUUGAGGUUUUUACGUUCACGUAGAUGUACUUAAAACACCAUUUCUUUCUUUAAUAAGAAUAUAAAUGUCUGCGCUUCACAAAAUGUUAUGUGUAUGUUCAGUAUUGAGAAUGACAGUGAGAUUCACUAUUUUGACUAUUGAAUUGUAUGGGGGUGUUAUCAUGCUCUUUAACUGUUCAUGUUAUUUCUAUACUGUAUUAAAUUGUAGAUCUCA